CUCAAUUCCCCAAACCAUGCUUUCUUCCCGAUGCCAAACACCCUCCACUUUCCUUCAUCAAUCACCCGAUUUUUCUGCAUUCAAUCCGCCAUACUUCUACUCCACCAACACAAUCCAUCACCGGAAAUUUCAUUUAUUCGCCGCUCCCAUCAAAGAUAAACACCAUCUUUACGGACACACGAGCACCACAACACUGCAAUUCGAAGAUUUUCUUCAAACUAUUACCACAUCUCCAAAACAGCUCGAAGCACUGGCGAAAGUCAAUAGAUAUGGGGAAAUUCGAACUAUUGCUGAAUUCAAUCGUCUACUCGUUUCCUUAAUUUCGUCGGAUGAGGUUGAAUUGGCGUGGAAGCUCAAGUCUACCUUAUCGUCUCUUGGUUUAUUCCCGGAUGUGCGGACGUAUUCAAUUUUGGUGAACGGUUUCUGCAAGAACAAGGCGAUGAUAGAAGCGAGAAUCGCUCUUCACGAGAUGCUGGAGAAUGGAUUCGAGCCAAAUGUGGCCACGUUCACCACAGUAAUCAACUCCUUUUGUGAGAGUGGAAGAUUGAAGGAGGCAUAUGAGGUGUUCGACGAAAUGUCUAAAAUAGGGUGCGAGCCCACAAUUAACACGUACAACUGCUUGUUGAAAGGUCUGUGCUACGUUGGUAGAAUAGAGGAGGCUUAUGACUUGUUAUUAAGCGUAAAAAACUCUUCAAUCAAGCCGGAUAUCUACACUUACACUGCAAUGAUGGAUGGUUUUUGCAAAGUAGGACGUUCGGAUGAGGCGUUCGAGUUGCUCGGUGAAGCUCUGAGGAUGAAGUUGACGCCGAAUGUCGUAACGUACAACACUCUGUUCAAUGGUUACUUCAAGGAGGGGAAGCCCUUGCGCGGUUUCGGCCUGUUGAGGCGGAUGAGAGCGAGGAAAUGCAGCCCCGACUACAUCAGCUACAGCACGUUGCUGCACGGGCUGUUGAAAUGGGGCAAAAUUAGAGCUGCAAUGCAGGCGUACAAGGAGAUGGUUGGAGACGGGUAUCGCGUGGAUGAGAGGAUGAUGAACACCUUGGUGAGGGGCUUGUGCAGGCAUGCUAGGAAGGAGAAGUAUGUGUUGAAUGAUGCAUACAAUGUGUUUGAUGAGAUGAGGAAUGGGAGGUAUCCCAUAUAUCAAGAAUCAUAUGAGCUGGUGAUUGAGGCCAUGUGCUGCAAUGGGAGGGACAUGGAAAGAAGAGGUUUUGAAGUUUUGAAUGAGAUGAUUGGGAUUGGGUUUUCACCCAAGACUUUCACUUUCAACAUUGCUAUUCAUGCUCUUUGUUGCUGCGGUGAGGUGGACAAGGCUUUGGCAGUUUUGGCGAUGAUGCAUAAACACAGAAAGGCAAGAGGGAUACCGUUUAAGGCAUUGAUUGAUGAGUUGAUUCUGCAAGGAAAGGUGUUGGAGGCUGCUUGUGUUUAUGGGUUUGCUUUGAAGAAAGGUGUGGUGCCAAAGUGGAAACCUCAAUUAAGGACCUGUUCAGUAUCUUAGAUAUGCAUAGAUUUGUGGUCAUAUUUAUGCAUUAAUGGGGGUUCUGUGUGAAAGAUAAUUCUCACCAGCCCGAGAAUUAAAUGAAGGCUCGCACUGUUGAGUGCUGUAAUGGGCGAAAUUCAUUUCUCCGACAUAGGGUGGACCGUUUCCCUGGGGAAGAGUCGGAGAAGAAGGAAAAAGAGGAAGAUUUUUAGGGGAUAAUGAUUCAAAGAAGUAAUCUUGAUUUGGUGGGACUGAUCUUCGUAUUUUUGGUUGCUGAUUGUCAGGAUUCGGAGAAGAUUUCUUUUGUUCUGAAUAAUUAGAUAGGAUAUUGAGCUGACUCCUGCAAUCAUAAAAUUAAUUACAUUGGGCAUAGAAAGAAAAAUUUAUCAUUGUAUAUUGCAUAUUACCGUGUUAACUCGUUGGAUCGAUUCAUUUUGAGAAUAUUUAGAGUCUGUUUGUAUAGUUUGUUAUGUGCUGCCUUGCUUAAUUGAUAUGCAUGUUGAUUUUCUG